AUGUCAGCUGCCGAGCAAAUAUUUGGAGCCGGUGGGAAAAGGAUUAGACCGGCUUUAGUUUUUCUAGUUGCAAGAGCCACUGCAGAGAUUGCUGGUUUGAAGGAACUCACCAAAGAACAUAGAAGGUUGGCCGAGAUCAUUGAGAUGAUUCACACUGCAAGUCUGAUACAUGAUGAUGUAUUAGACGAAAGUAACAUGCGGAGAGGAAAGGAAACUGUUCACCAAUUAUACGGCACAAGAGUGGCUGUGCUGGCUGGGGAUUUCAUGUUCGCCCAAUCAUCAUGGUACCUGGCGAAUCUUGAAAAUCUUGAAGUUAUCAAGCUUAUCAGCCAGGUCAUCAAAGACUUCGCCAGUGGCGAAAUAAAGCAGGCGUCCAGCCUGUUCGACUGCGACAUCCAGCUGGACGAGUACCUAAUCAAGAGCUACUACAAAACGGCCUCCCUAAUCGCCGCCAGCACCAAGGGAGCUGGCAUUUUCAGCGGGGUCCACGCCAGCAUCAGCGAACAGAUGUACCAGUAUGGCAAGAACCUGGGCCUCUCCUUCCAGGUCGUUGAUGACAUCUUGGACUUCACCCAAUCAGCUGAGCAGCUGGGCAAGCCUGCCGCGAGUGACCUGGCUAAAGGAAAUUUAACGGCCCCCGUGAUAUUCGCCUUGGAGAAGGAGACGAGGCUGAGGGACAUAAUCGAGACUGAAUUUUGUGAGACUGGCUCGCUCGAGGAGGCCAUUGAUAUUGUGAGUAGCUCUGGGGGCAUCGAUCGGGCCCGGGACCUGGCUCGGGAGAUUGCCGAUCGGGCGGUCGAUAAUCUCCACUGCCUGCCGCAAAGUCCCUUCAGACAUGCGCUUGAGCGCGUGGUGAACUAUAACUUGGAACGAAUAAAAUGA